GUUACUACGAGGUUACAAUCUUGUUGCAGUCUACCCUAGUGAGAGUACUGCCGUACUGAGUCUAGAUGGAAACCUAUCCCAGCAUGCCUGACAGUGAAAGCAGGAAAGGAUGGUGAAGCUAAGAUGGCAGCACUGAGGGUGCAGCCUGUCCGGGUUCAAGAAAAAUACAAGGAACAAACAAAAACAAAGGACACGCCACGAAAUUAAAAAAGGGCAACUGUCGGACAAGGAAACGAGACAGUAUGGCUUGAAAUGGCGGAGUCCCGGAAAUAAUUAUUACAUUAUCGUGCUGAAAAGAAAGGAUAUUUCGUAUUUGCAGAAGGGAGUGUAUAUAUUUUUUUGCCGUUUCAUUUGGAGAUUUGUGGAUGAAAUAAUUUUUGUGGCGACAUUUAAACGAUAUCUCCUGUAGUUGUACUGUGAUCUUACUGACAGGCUUAACGAUCUGUUAUUUAUAAUUAUUUUGUUAUAAUAUAUGAAUUGAUCUACAGUACAAGGGUGAUGUGUGCUGCUGCUUCUGCAGCAGGGACUGGUGGGCUUCUGUCAUCCUGUGCGCCCUCUGUGGGGCUGGGUGACAGGGUCAGUUCUGGAGUUGGUUCGGAUUUUUUUAGCAUUGGACCAGGUAUGGGUGGGUGUCCCGGUAUCGGGGCCCAGUCAGAUUGCCGGGGUCGGUACCAGCUGCUUCUGUCGGGGAGAGCACUGGCUGAGAGAUACCGAAGAAUAUACACUGCAGCGAUCAGCGACAAAGAGCAAGGGAUCAAUCAGGGAAGGGGAAAAAAGGCUUUGAACAAGAAAAAACUGAAAAGGAAGCAGAAGGUUAAAUCAAAAGUGAAAACAAGAACAAAGACUGAGAAUCUAGACGGUGCCGUCUCUGUGCCAGAUAUCAAACUGCACAGCAACCCAUCUGCGUUCAACGUGUACUGCAAUGUCCGCCACUGUGUGCUUGACUGGCAACAGAAAGAGGCCUCCCUGGCUUUGGCCUCCAAGAACUCAGUGCAAAGUGGGGAGUCUGACAGUGAUGAGGAGGAGGAAUCCAAAGAACCACCCUUUAAAUUACCUAAGAUCAUUGGGAUCGGACUGUGUGGAGUGUUUGAGCUCAUAAAAGAGACCAGGUUUUCACACCCAUCGCUAUGCUUGAGGACUUUACAGGCUUUGCUGGGCAUGCUGCAGGGCCAGCAGCCAGAGGGGUUUCAGUCUGAGCCUCCUGAGGUUUUAGAGUCCCUCUUUCAUCUUCUUCUGGAAACAACGAUUAGAAGCGCUGGUGCAAAUGACAGCACGGGCCAGGCUCUCACAGCACUCUCCUGUGCAUGUCUGUUCAGCCUUGUGGUUUCCUGGGGUGACACGGGCAAAAUUCUGCAGGCUGUGUCUGCUAUCCUCACCAACAACGGCAGCCAUGCCUGCCAGACCAUCCAGGUUCCGACCAUCCUGAUUGCCCUCCAGAGAAGCGUCCAGGCAGUGCUGGUGGGAAAGGUCCAGAUUCAGGACUGGUUUGGUAAUGGGAUCAAGAAAGCUGCACUGAUGAACAAAUGGGUCCUCAAAGAGGUAUCCAUAGAUGAUGACGACCAGUGCCUGCUCCAGAGCGACGGCUCCUUCCUUUAUCUCUUAUGCAAAGAUGGGCUGUAUAAAGUGGGCUCAGGAUAUAGUGGAACAGUUAGGGGCCAUGUGUAUAAUUCAACAUCACGUAUACAAAACCGAAAGGAAAAGAAGUCUUGGUUGGGAUACGCACAGGGAUGUUUGCUAUACAGUGAUCUGAGCAGCCAUGGCAUGACUGCAGUAAAGAUCAACCCAGAAACACUGGAGCAAGAGGGAGCAAUCACCAUGCCAGGCCUCCAGGCUGAUGCGCAGAAUAUUGUUUUUACAGAUGGAGAGUACAUCAAUCAAAUUGCAGCUUGCAGAGAUGAUGGCUUUGUUGUCCGUAUCUAUGCAACGAGCACAGAGCCAGAACUUCAACAAGAGCUGCAGCUGAAACUGGCCAGAAAAUGUCUCCAUGCUUGUGGGAUAUCCUUGUUUGAUCUGGAGAAAGACCUGCACAUAAUGUGUACAGGGUUUGACGAGGAGGCUGCAGUCCUGGGAGCCGGCAGAGAGUUUGCUCUUAUGAAAACUGCGAGUGGAAAGAUAUAUUACACUGGCAAGUAUCAGAGCUUGGGAAUCAAACAAGGCGGUCCUUCGGCAGGGAAGUGGGUGGAGCUGCCUAUCACCAAAUCCCCUAAGGUCAUCCAGUUCUCUGUUGGACAUGAUGGUUCACAUGCCUUACUGGUAGCGGAGGAUGGAAGUGUCUUCUUCACUGGGUCCGCCAGCAAAGGAGAGGAUGGAGAAUCAACAAAAAGCAGACGGCAACCAAAACCCUAUAAGCCCAAGAAAAUGCUAAAAGUGGAUGGCAAAACUGCAGUUUACACUGCAUGCAACAAUGGCAGCAGCAGCAUUGUAACAAAAGAUGGAGAGCUGUACAUGUUUGGAAAAGAUGCUGUUUAUAGUGACAGCUCCUGCCAGGUGACUGAUUUGAAAGGACACUUUGUAACUCAGGUAGCUAUGGGGAAAGCUCAUACCUGUGUGCUGACCAAGGAUGGAGAGGUCUGGACAUUUGGGGUCAACAACAAAGGACAGUGUGGCAGAGACACUGGCUCCAUGAGCCAGGCUGGGAAAGCUGGGUUUGGGAUUGAGAACAUGGCAACGGCGAUGGACGAGGACCUGGAAGAGGAGCUGGACGAGAAGGAGGAGAAGUCCAUGAUGUGUCAGCCUGGCAUGCACAAGUGGAAGCUGGACCAGUGCAUGGUGUGCACGGUCUGUGGAGAUUGCACUGGUUACGGGUCCAGCUGUGUCAGCAGCGGGAGACCAGACAGAGUGCCAGGAGGAAUCUGUGGAUGUGGCUCUGGGGAAUCAGGCUGCUCAGCCUGUGGCUGCUGUAAGGCCUGUGCGAGGGAGCUGGAUGGCCAGGAGGCAAGGCAGAGGGGGAUCUUUGAUGCAGUCAAGGAGAUGAUACCUUUAGACCUGUUGUUAGCUGUCCCUGUUCCUCCAGGAGUGAAUAUUGAAGAACAUAUCCAAAUAAGACAGGAAGAGAAGAGGCAAAGGAUAAAUCGAAGACACCGACAGGAGGAAGGGAGAGGCCCCCUUGUAUUUCCUGGUCCCAUUUUUAUGAAUCACCGAGAGCAGGCCCUAGCCAGACUUCAGGCACAGCUAAAGCAUAAGCGGGACAAACGCAAAGAUGGCAGUGGGGAGCGAGGAGACAAAGAUGCAAGCAAGAUCACCACUUACCCACCAGGGGCAGUUCGCUUUGACUGUGCGCUCAGAGCAGUCCAGGUUAGCUGUGGAUUCCAUCACUCAGUGGUGUUGAUGGAGAAUGGAGAUGUGUAUACAUUUGGGUAUGGACAGCAUGGACAACUUGGGCAGGGUGAUGUGAAUUCCAGGAGUUCUCCCUCACUGGUCCAGGCUUUACCAGGACCCAGCAUACAUGUGACAGCAGGAAGUAACCACACGGCGGUUCUUUUAAUGGAUGGUCAAGUCUUCACUUUUGGGAGUUUCUCAAAGGGGCAGCUUGGAAGACCCAUUAUAGACAUGCCAUACUGGAAUGCAAAGCCAUCCCCCAUGCCCAACAUUGGAGCUAAAUAUGGGCGCAAAGCUACGUGGAUUGGUGCCAGUGGUGACCAGACCUUCUUGAGGAUCGAUGAAGCGCUUAUAAAUUCCCAUGUCCUGGCCACAUCGGAAAUUUUUGCCAGCAAACAUAUCAUUGGUCUAGUACCUGCAUCCAAAUCAGAACCACCACCUUUUAAAUGCCUGUUGAUCAAUAAAGCUGAUGGGAGCUGCCGGACGUUCAACGAUUCUGAACAGGAGGACCUGCAAGGGUUUGGAGUCUGUUUGGAUCCAGUCUACGAUGUGAUUUGGAGAUUCCUCCCAGCUUCCAGAGAGUUUUGGUGCUACAAUGCUGUGAUUGCUGAUGCCAGGAUCCCCACAGCGACAGACAUUCAGUCGCGAUGCAGUGUACUGAGUCCUGAGCUUGCUCUCCCAACUGGGUCCAUGGCAACCACUACAAGGUCUCACGGGGCACUACAUAUUCUAGGUUGUCUGGACACGCUGUCAGCAAUGCAGGAGCUGAAAAUGGGAGUUGCCAGUACCGAGGAGGAGACUCAAGCUGUAAUGAAGGUUUACUCCAAAGAAGAUUACAGCGUAGUCAAUCGAUUUGAAAGUCAUGGUGGUGGGUGGGGGUAUUCAGCCCAUUCUGUAGAAGCCAUUCGCUUCUGUGCAGAUGCAGAUAUCUUACUGGGGGGUCUUGGACUGUUCGGUGGGAGAGGGGAAUAUACGGCAAAGAUAAAGCUUUUUGAGCUGGGGCCCGAUGGAGGAGAUCAUGAAACAGAUGGAGACCUUCUAGCUGAGACUGAUGUUUUGGCCUAUGAUUGCGCAGCCAGAGAGAAGUAUGCCAUGAUGUUUGAUGAGCCGGUACUGCUGCAGUCUGGCUGGUGGUAUGUGGCUUGGGCUCGAGUCUCGGGGCCGAGCAGUGACUGUGGUUCCCAUGGACAGGCAACUAUCACUACCGACGAUGGUGUGGUUUUCCAGUUUAAGAGCUCCAAAAAGUCGAAUAAUGGUACAGAUGUAAACGCAGGUCAGAUUCCUCAGCUGUUAUACAGGCUUCCAUCAAAUGAUGGCAAUGCAGCAAAAGGAAAGCAGCAAACCAGUGAGCCUGUACACAUUCUGAAGAGAUCGUUUGCAAGGACUGUUUCAGUGGAGUGCUUUGAGUCCUUGCUGAGCAUCCUUCACUGGAGCUGGACCACACUGGUUCUGGGUGUGGAGGAGCUGCGAGGACUGAAGGGAUUCCAGUACACCGCCACUCUGCUGGACCUGGAGAGACUGCGCUUCGUGGGCACCUGCUGCCUCCGACUGCUGCGCGUCUACAUCUGUGAGAUCUACCCCAUAUCAGCGAGCACAAAGUCAGCAGUGGAUGAAUCCAGCAAGUUGGCAGAUUGCGUUGGGAAGACUCGAAAUCUCCUGAGGAAGAUCCUGUCCGAAGGAGUAGAUAACUGCAUGAUCAAGCUGGACAAUGACCCUGAAGGCUACCUUAGCCAGCCCCUGACUCUCCUGGAAGCUGUUCUGCAGGAGUGCCACCAUACAUUCACAGCCUGUUUCCAUUCCUUCUACCCAACACCAGCCCUGCAGUGGGCUUGUCUGUGUGACCUGCUAAACUGUUUGGAUCAGGACAUCCAGGAAGCAAACUUCAGGACAUCAAGUAGUCGACUUCUUGCUGCAGUAAUGUCAGCCCUGUGCAAUACCUCAGUGAAACUGACCUCCAUCCUCCCCAUUGCCUAUGACGGAGAAGUGCUGCUGCGUUCCCUUGUCAAGCAGGUCAGCACUGAGAACGAUUCUGCUCUGGCACACAGAUUUCCCCUGCUGGUAGCACACAUGGAGAAACUUAGCCAUACCGAGGAGAACCCCAUGAGUAUGACUAGUUUCCGGGAAGUACUGGAGAAGAUGUUGGUGAUUGUGGUGCUUCCAGUGAGAAAGAGCCUGCGGAAGGAGGUGGAGCUCUUCUCCCCACACCUUGUUUCCAACACCUGUGGCCUCCUGGCCAGCAUUGUGAGUGAGCUCACUGCGUCAGCACUGGGCUCAGAGGUGGAUGGACUCAACUGUCUACAUUCAGUGAAAUCCACCCCAAACCGCUUCACUAAAACAAGCCAAGGAAGAAGCUGGAACACUGGGAACGGAUCUCCAGAUGCCAUCUGCUUCACCGUGGAUAGGCAUGGGGUGGUGCUGGUGGGGUUCUGUGUGUAUGGUGGAGGUGGCGUCCAUGAAUACGAGCUGGAGGUUCUGGCUGAUGAUGCACAGACUGAGCACCCAGGAGAUUCAGCUCAUUCACACAGGUGGACAUCUUUGGAGAUGGUGAAAGGGACCUACACCACUGACGACUCCCCCAGUGAUAUAGCUGAAAUCAGGCUGGACAAAGCUGUACCAUUAAAGGAAAGUGUCAAAUAUGCAGUGCGUUUAAGAAACUAUGGCAGUCGCACUGCUAAUGGAGAUGGAGGCAUGACCACAGUGCAGUGUACAGAUGGUGUGACGUUUACAUUCAGCACCUGCAGUCUCAGCAGUAACGGCACCAAUCAAACACGAGGACAAAUUCCACAAAUACUUUACUACAGGAGUGAGUAUGAUGGGGAUCUACAAAGUCAGUUAGUCAGUAAAGCCAAUGAAGAGGACAAGAAUUGCAACAGGUCUUUGUCUGUAGUGAGUGUUGUGGUUCGAGCCGCCAAAGACCUGCUUCACAGAGCGUUCGCUGUCGACGCUGAAGACAUUCCAGAAUUGUUGAGUUCCUCCAGCCUGUUUUCAAUGCUGCUUCCUCUCAUAUUGGCUUAUAUCGGACCAGUGGCAGCCUCAGUUCCAAAGGCUGCUGUUGAGGUCUUUGGUCUAGUUCAGGAACUGCUUCCAGCUGUUUCUGCUUUGAACCAGAAAUAUGCUCCACCUGCUUUCAACCCAAAUCAAUCCACAGACAGCACCACAGGAAACCAGCCAGAGCAGGGGCUUUCAGCAUGUACCACCUCCAACCACUACUCUGUCACCGAGAGCGACCACCCUUACAAACAAGCUUGUGUCACCCAGUACAAGGUGUCCUUUCCUGAUUGUGUGCGAUGGAUGACCAUUGAGUUUGACCCCCAGUGUGGUACAGCGCAGCCUGAAGAUGUGCUCCGUUUGAUGAUUCCAAGCAAACCCCUGCAGGUCCCUGGAUUUGGACCAAAACACUUGACACACGAGAGCUUAAACACCUGGACAGAGCUGAAGAAAUUCUCUGGAUCAUGUGGAUGGCCCACUACAGUGUUGGUGCUGCCAGGCAAUGAAGCUCUUUUCUCCUUGGAGACUGCUUCAGACUAUGUGAAAGAUGAGAAGGCUAGCUUUUAUGGUUUCAAGUGUGUUGCUGUGGGAUAUGAAUUCAAUCCUGGGUCAGAUGAGGGUAUUAUACAACUUGAGAAGGAGCUUGCAUACUUGGGGAGUGUAUGUGCGGCUGCUCUUAUGAAAAAGGAUCUUGCAUUGUCAAUAGGCAAUGAACUGGAAGAAGAUCUUGAAAUACUUGAAGAGGCGUCCUUGCAGGUUUGUAAGGCUCAUGCAGGCAUUCUUGGGAAAGGCUUGGCUCUGUCACGCUCCCCUUCUAUUCUUGAAGCUCUGGAAGGCAACCUUCCCCUCCACCUGCAAAGCAAUGAGCAUUCGUUUCUCGAGGACUUUAUCACUUGUGUCCAAAACUCCAGUGGUGGGCGCCUAGCCAGGUGGUUACAACCAGAUUCCUAUGCAGACCCACAGAAAACCUCAUUGCUUCUCAACAAGGAUGACAUUAAGUGUGGGUGGCCAACCACUGUCACAGUGCAGACCAAAGACCAGUACGGAGAUGUAGUGCAUGUACCAAAUAUGAAGGUGGAGGUGAAGGCAGUCCCUGUGUCCCAGAAAAAGUCUCUUCAGCAGGAGAGCAUUCGGAAGCUCCAGCGGAUUCCGGGGAGCCCUGCCUCAGCCCUGUCUGGGGCUGACAUGACCUUUGGGGGGCUCCCUGCACCCAAACUGGAGGCCACUUAUGAGCCAAUGAUUGUCAAAGAGGCCCGCUACAUUGCCAUAACUAUGAUGAAGGCUUAUGAAAACUAUUCCUUUGAAGAGCUUCGAUUUGCUUCUCCAACACCCAAGAGGCCAAGUGAGAACAUGUUGAUCAGAGCCAACGCUGAUGGAACCUAUGGGGCAAACUGGACUCCUGGAGCUGUGGGUCUUUACACCAUCCAUGUCACAAUAGAUGGCAUAGAAAUAGAUGCUGGGUUAGAAGUGGAAGUCAAGGAUCCACCAAAGGGGAUGAUACCUCCUGGAGCUCAGAUAGUCAAACCUAAAGCAGAGCCUCAGCCAAGCAAGGUUCGCAAAUUUGUGGCCAAGGACAGCGCAGGGCUUCGCGUCCGUAGCCACCCCUCUCUACAGAGUGAACAGAUAGGCAUAGUCAAGGUCAAUGGAACCAUCACUUUCAUUGAUGAGAUCCACAAUGAUGAUGGUGUAUGGCUGAGACUGAAUGAUGAGACUGUAAAGAAGUAUGUUCCCAACAUGAAUGGGUACACUGAAGCCUGGUGCCUCUCUUUUAACCAACAUCUGGGCAGGAGCCUUCUGGUCCCUGUUGACGAGUCCAGAAUGCAUUGUGAUGAUUAUUUUAAGGAGGUCAGUGCUCGGCGCUCCCAUGAAGUGUCCGUGAGAGAGCAGGACAGGCCGUGCCUGCAUGGCGGACCAGGCGUUUAUAAGGUAGUGAAGACUGGACCCUCGGGUCACAACAUCAGAAGCUGCCCUAACCUUAGAGGUAUCCCAAUUGGAAUGUUAGUUCUGGGAAACAAAGUCAAGGCGGUAGGCGAGGUGACAAACUCAGAAGGCACUUGGGUGCAGCUGGAUAAGAACAGUAUAGUGGAGUUUUGUGAAAGUGAUGAAGGAGAGGCCUGGUCUCUUGCGAGAGAUCGGGGAGGCAAUCAGUACCUUCAGCAUGAAGAGGAGCAAGUAAUAUUGGAUCAAGGAGCACAAACACCACCUCCAAGUCCUUUCUCUAUUCAAGCUUUCAAUAGGGAUACUGCUCCCAACGGUGCCCAAGGAUAUGACUAUGGGAUUUCAAAUAAUAAAGGUGACCAGUUGAGUGCCAUACUGAAUUCUGUUCAGUCUCGGCCUUUCCUCCCAGUUCCUUCCGUAUUUGAGCAAGCUGCCAAACCUCCCUCUUCCCUUGUCCACAGCCCAUUUGUGUUUGGACAGUCCCUUUCCUUCCAGCAGCCUCUGCCUCAACCACAGCUUCUGAACGCUUCAUCUCGCAGCCUUGCUUCACGUGAGCGUGUGCACAAAAGUAGCAGUGUAGCUGGGCCAGGCUCUGCUCGCUCAUCACUAGCUCACAAAAAAAAGGGUGAAAGAGGGAAUUUAGCAACAGCUGCUAGGCCUUUAUCUCCUGCUGGGAAGUUAGAUCUGCCUGGGAAACACAAAACAGAAAGUAGAUCCCCAAAAUUGGAUGGCCGUGUUAGCAGAGCCUCUACUGACCAAACAAAGAUGAAGAACACAGAAAGCAUAUCUGCCAGUGAGUCCCUCGUACUGAAAUCUGACACGGCUAGGUUGAGGUCGGACUCUCACAGCAGGUCGCUGUCUCCGAACCACAAUACCCUUCAGGCUCUGAAAGCCGACAGAACCUCAGGCUUAAGGGCAGAAUCACCCACCCCAGGAUCCAGGUCCUCUUCUCCAAAACAAAAGGCUUUGUCAUCUGGCAGAUCCAGUCCCUCCGGCACUAGUUCUCCAAGAUCGACAUCCCCGUACGAAAAGAACCUACCUCAAAUAGUCAGCUCAUCUUCGAAAUCCAAACUGGAUCCACCUAGGGAGAGGUCAAAGUCUGACUCAUAUACCCUAGAUCCUGACACCCUCAGGAUGAAAAAACCUCCCCUAACUGAGCCUAUACGUGGACGUUCCACCUCUCCCAAACCAAAAAUUUCACCAAAAGAUGGGAAAGCUGGUGACAAUGAUGAAAACCGAGCUCCCUCUCCCCACGUGGUACAGGAAAACCUGCACAGUGAGGUGGUAGAGGUCUGCACCUCCAGCACUCUGGCAUCCAACAAUGAUGAUGGUAAUGAUGAAAACCCUGAUGCCAAAAACAUCGAAGAAGGCUCCUCAAAAGUCCACUUCAGCAUAGGGAAAGCUCCAGUUAAGGAAGAGCAAGAAACCAGGUCAUCCCCCAAAGUCAACCGCAAGACAACUGGCCGACAUGUACGGCCCAAGAAAGAGAAAUCUGGUCCCUUCUUUAAGGGUGAGAAUGCACGUCUGGUGGCGCCGGCCAAGCAAGCUAUGUCACCAUCAGUAGCCGAGUGUGCCCGCGCAGUAUUUGCAGCUUUUCUUUGGCAUGAGGGCAUUGUUCAUGAUGCCAUGGCCUGCUCGUCCUUCUUAAAGUUCAAUCCUGAGCUCACAAAGGAGCAUGCACCCAUAAGGAGCAGCCUUAGCAGCCAGCAAGCCAUGGAUGAGAAGGAAAAUAAGCUGAAGAACAGGCACUCCCUAGAGAUUUCCUCUGCCUUGAACAUGUUCAACAUCUCUCCCCACGGGCCUGACAUUUCGAAAAUGGGCAGUAUCAACAAGAAUAAGGUCCUCUCUAUGCUCAAGGAACCUCCACUGCCAGAGAAGUGUGAGGAUGGGAAGGCUGAAACAGUAAUCUACGAGACCUGUAGUCAAACAACCGCAAAGACAAAGUCCCCUCUUCCACUGACCUUACAGCACCUUGUGGCUUUUUGGGAAGACAUCUCCAUGGCCACCAUCAAAGCUGCCACCCAGAACAUGAUCUUCCCCAGCCCUGGUUCCAGUGCCAUUCUGAAGAAAAAGGAGAAUGAGAAAGAUGGCAAGAAAUCCAAAAAGGAGAAAAAGAAGAAGGAGAAGGCUGAUGUUCGGCCAAGAGGAAAUCUCUUUGGAGAGAUGGCCCAACUUGCUAUGGGUGGGCCAGAGAAAGACACCAUUUGUGAGCUGUGUGGAGAAUCUCAUCCCUACCCUGUGACCUACCACAUGAGACAAACCCAUCCAGGUUGUGGUCGGUAUGCUGGAGGACAAGGCUAUAAUAGCAUUGGACACUUCUGUGGAGGCUGGGCUGGUAACUGUGGAGAUGGAGGAAUCGGAGGCAGCACAUGGUAUUUAGUGUGUGACCGCUGCAGGGAAAAGUACCUUCGCGAGAAGCAAACAGCAGCAAGAGAAAAGCUUUUUGACCAUCAGGUGAAGCAGUCGAAGAAAAAACCAAUGCAAGUUAAGAUCCCCCGAGCCCUCCCCACCAUGGAGGCUCACCAAGUUAUCAAAGCCAACGCCCUGUUCCUGCUGUCCCUGAGUAGUGCUGCGGAGCCCAACAUGCUAUGUCACCAUGUGCCCAAACCCUUCCACACCCAUCUACCCAGCCUCAAGGAGGGUGUCUCCGAAGAGAUUCCCAACAAGAUUGGCUGUCUCUACCUGCAGACUCUCGCACGACAACAUUCAGAGAAUUUUGGUGGAUACCAUGAUGAUAAUCUUUUCCAAGAUGAGAUGAGGUACUUGCGAUCAACCUCAGUCCCUGCCCCUUAUAUAUCAGUCACCCCAGACGCCAGCCCCAAUGUAUUUGAGGAGCCUGAAAGCAAUAUGAAAUGCAUGCCUCACAGUUUGGAAACAAGCCCCAUUACUGACAGCGACACAGCCAAGCGCACAGUAUUUCAAAGGUCCUACUCAGUGGUGGCAUCCGAAUAUGACAAGCAGAACUCUACCUCCACUGCUCGAGUGAAGGCCAUUCCCAGACGCAGAGUCAACAGUGGAGAUGCAGAAGUGGGCUCUUCUCUCCUGCGACACCCCUCCCCGGAGCUCUCACGGCUGAUAUCUGCCCACGGUUCACUCAGUAAAGGGGAGCGGAAUUUCCAGUGGCCUGUCCUGGCCUUUGUCAUCCAGCAUCACGACCUGGAAGGACUGGAAGUGGCGAUGAGACACGCCUUGAGGAAGUCUGCCUGCAGAGUAUUUGCAAUGGAGGCUUUUAACUGGCUGCUGUGUAAUGUCAUCCAGACCACCUCUCUCCAUGACAUCCUGUGGCAUUUUGUGGCAUCCCUGACCCCUUCUCCCUGUGAGCCAGAAGAGGAGGAGGACGAAGAGAACAAAGCAAACAAGGAAAAUGCUGAACAGGAGAAAGACACACGUGUGUGUGAGCACCCCCUGUCCGAUAUCGUGAUUGCAGGAGAAGCAGCUCACCCUCUGCCCCACACCUUUCAUCGGCUCCUGCAGACCAUCUCAGACCUUAUGAUGUCUCUGCCCAGCGGCAGCUCCCUGCAGCAGAUGGCCCUUAGAUGCUGGAGUCUGAAGUUCAAGCAGUCUGAUCAUCAGUUCUUGCACCAGAGCAAUGUCUUUCACCACAUCAACAACAUCUUGUCCAAAUCUGAUGAUGGGGACAGUGAGGAAAGCUUCAACAUCAGUGUGCAGUCUGGAUACGAAGCCACUAACCAGGAGCUGUGUGUUGUCACCUGCCUGAAAGAUCUCACGAGCAUCGUUGACAUCAAGACCUCCAGCCGGCCAGCCAUGAUCGGCAGCCUAACAGAUGGAUCCACAGAAACCUUCUGGGAGUCGGGGGACGAGGACAAGAACAAGACCAAGAGCAUCAGCAUCAGCUGUAUGAAGGGAAUAAACUCCCGCUACGUCUCUGUCCAUGUGGACAACUCAAGGGACAUCGGAAACAAAGUCACGUCCAUGACUUUCCUUUAUGGAAAGACAGUUGAAGAUCUCUGUAGAAUUAAACAGGUGGAUCUGGACUCCAGACAUAUGGGCUGGGUCACCAGCGAGCUCCCCAGGGGCGAAGCUCAGAUUAUGAAAAUCGAGCUGAAGGGACCAGAGAACACCCUGCGAGUGCGGCAGGUCAAAGUGCUGGGAUGGAAGGACGGGGAGAGCAUCAAAAUCGCUGGACAGAUUUCAGCUAGCGUGGCACAGCAGAAGAACUGCGAGGCAGAAACCCUUAGAGUUUUCCGUCUGAUCACAUCGCAGGUGUUCGGAAAGCUUAUCUGUGGGGAUGCAGAGCCAACUCCAGAACAGGAGGAGAAGAAUUUACUCUCUUCUCCUGAAGGAGAGGACAAGGCUCCAUCUGAUGCAGACUUGAAGGAGCACAUGGUUGGAAUUAUAUUCAGCAGGAGUAAGCUGACAAACCUUCAGAAGCAGGUGUGUGCUCAUAUCGUGCAGGCGAUUCGAAUGGAAGCCACCCGUGUCCGUGAGGAAUGGGAGCACGCCAUCUCCAGCAAGGAGAACGCCAACUCUCAGCCCAGCGAUGAAGACGCCUCCUCGGACGCAUACUGCUUCGAGCUGCUGUCCAUGGUGCUGGCACUGAGUGGCUCCAACGUGGGCAGGCAGUACUUAGCCCAACAGCUGACUCUGCUGCAGGACCUCUUCUCCCUGCUCCACACUGCUUCCCCCAGGGUGCAGAGACAGGUGACCUCUCUGCUUAGGCGUGUGCUCCCUGAGGUGACCCCCGCUCGCCUGGCCAGUAUAAUCGGGGUGAAGGCCCUCCCUCCUGCAGAUAUCAGUGACAUCAUUCACUCCACAGAAAAGGGAGAUUGGAACAAGCUGGGUAUCCUGGACAUGUUCCUGGGCUGCAUUGCCAAAGCGCUCACUGUACAACUGAAAGCCAAGGGAACCACUAUCGCUGGGACUGCAGCGGGAAAAGGAGUCACCACAGUGACACUGCCCAUGAUCUUCAACUCCAGCUAUAUAAUGCGAGGCGAGAGUCACUGGUGGAUGAAGGGCUCCACUCCACCCCAGAUUGCUGAGAUCAUUAUCAAACUGGUCAAGGACAUGGCAUCAGGGCACCUGUCUGAGGCCUGGUCCCGGGUCACAAAGAAUGCCAUUGCAGAGACCAUCAUUGCUUUAACCAAAAUGGAGGAAGAACACAGAUCACCAGUGCGCUGCAUUGCAACUACCAGGCUAUGGCUGGCCCUGGCUUCCCUUUGUGUACUGGACCAGGACCAUGUGGACAGGCUUUCUUCUGGCAGGUGGAUGGGUAAAGACGGGCAACAGAAGCAAAUGCCUAUGUGUGAUAACCAUGACGAUGGGGAGACUGCUGCUAUCAUCCUGUGUAACAUGUGUGGAAACCUGUGUACUGACUGUGACCGAUUCCUCCACCUCCACAGACGUACCCGCUCACAUCAGAGACAGGUGUUCAAGGAAGAGGAAGAGGCUAUUAAAGUAGAUCUUCAUGAAGGUUGUGGAAGGACCAAGCUCUUCUGGUUGAUGGCGCUAGCAGAUUCUAAAACCAUGAAGGCAAUGGUAGAGUUCAGGGAACAUACAGGCAAGCCUGCAUCCAGCAGUUCGGAGGCUUGUCGUUUCUGUGGCACGAGGAAUGGAACGGAGCUGUCAGCUGUGGGAAGUGUGUGCUCUGACGCAGACUGUCAGGAGUAUGCAAAAACUGCGUGCAGCAAGACUCAUCCCUGUGGCCACCCAUGUGGAGGGGUUAAGAAUGAGGAACAGUGUCUGCCCUGCCUGCAUGGCUGUGACAAGAGCACAUCCUGCCUCAAACAGGAUGCUGAUGACAUGUGCAUGAUCUGUUUUACUGAGGCACUGUCGGCGGCACCAGCAGUUCAAUUGGAUUGCAGUCACGUGUUCCAUCUUCAAUGUUCCAGGCGAGUUCUGGACAACCAAUGGCUUGGUCCAAGAAUAACAUUUGGAUUCAUGUCUUGUCCUAUCUGCAAGAAAAAAAUCAAUCAUUUAAUGUUGAAGGACCUGCUGGAUCCCAUCAAAGAACUGUAUGAAGAUGUGAGAAGAAAAGCUCUCAUGAGGUUAGAAUAUGAAGGACUACAUAAGAGUGAAGCUAUCACUACCCCAGGGGCUCGGUUUCACAGUGAUCCUGCUGGCUUUGCCAUGAACAGAUAUGCUUACUAUGUCUGCUACAAGUGUAAAAAGGCCUACUUUGGAGGUGAGGCACGCUGUGAUGCAGAGGCUGGACAAGGUGAUGACUAUGACCCUCGAGAGCUAAUUUGUGGAGCUUGCUCAGAUGUUUCAAGAGCCCAGAUGUGCUCCAAACAUGGUACAGACUUCCUGGAGUACAAAUGCCGCUACUGUUGCUCAGUGGCUGUCUUUUUUUGCUUUGGCACAACACAUUUCUGUAACGCUUGCCAUGACGACUUCCAGAGGAUGACCAGUGUAUCCAAGGAGGAGCUUCCACACUGCCCUGCAGGUCCGAAAGGUAAACAGCUGGAAGGCUCAGAGUGCCCACUACAUGUUGUGCAUCCCCCGACAGGGGAGGAGUUUGCACUGGGCUGUGGGGUCUGCAGAAACGCUCACACUUUUUGAACAAGCAUGCUGUUUUCCAGCAGAACCAUCCUUCCACAUUUAAGCCUCUAGGAACCUCUCAACUGAUCCCAAAGGCGGGUCAGUCAAAGGCCGGCAGAGCAAGUAAAGAAACCCCAGAAUUAACAGGAAAUACAGUGUUCUGGAUGUGGGAGACCCAGUGCAUUUCAGGACUUUUAAAAACUUGUGACAUGUUUGCAUGCAGCCGUUGUAACCCUCGGCUCCUAUAAACAUUGCACGCCUCUUAAUCACCGAGGCAUAAAGAUGCUUUCAAAAUAAAACCUGUUCAUGACAAUUGUGGAGGAACAUAAAAAAUAAAUAAAAAACACGACAGUAAUGCCAGCUUCCUAACUAUGAAUACAAAUAAAGAUAAUGUUAUAUGUAUACUGCUGUUUGUUUUUUUUGUAAUCCUGUACAGUACUCCCAACUGUUGACUGCAUAACAGGCGAAAAAAAGUCUUGUCUGAUUUAUAAAUAUAGCCUGUUAAGAAUGUUCUGUUAGGAAGGCAUAUAGUGUACGAUUUAUCUCAUGUUGUAUAUAAUGAUGGUAUCCAAAAUAGGUGUAUUCUGAAUUCGCUACUUUACACUUCAGUUUCAUUUAAUCUUCUGGGUUAUAUUUUGAGCCUGAAAUUUUAAUGAAGUGCAAUACUGGGUGUGCCUCCUAUCUUGCAGCUGUAAACAUAUGGAAUGUAUAUGUCAAUAAAGCCGCUGUACAUUUUUAUACAGUGAAAAGGCUA